GGGAAAUUUAAGCGGGGGGCACAGUUUCUAACAGAACUUGCACCUCUGUGUAAGAUUUACUGCUCUGAUGGAGAAGAAUACACCAUGUCUAGCUGUGUUAGAGGAUGGUUGAUGGAAGUGAAUGAAAGCAUUCUCCAUAAGCCAUCUAUUCUUCAAGAGAAGCCAUCCACCGAAGGCUACACUGCAGUUGUGUUGCCCAAGUUUGAGGAAAGUAAAAGCAUAACAGAAGGGUUACUGACACAAAAACAGUAUGAAGAAGUCGUGGUGAAAAGCAUCAAUGCCACAACAGCUACCUCAUGAGGAUUAAGAUUGAGUAAAAACAACAGGGCAUUCUUAUCCUUACCUGGCCUACGAGUUAGUGCACUAAGGAAGAACCAGAGGCGCUGAAGCGUCCUUCACACCGGGCUAUCUGCAGGGAGGCCUGAUCUUAAAACCUGACCUAGUUUUCCUUCUUUAUCUUGCAUAACAAGCCUUGAUUCCAUUUUGUCUUCAACCUCCCAGAUCUGCCUGCCCAUGUACUCACUCUGCUCUUCUUUUGCUUUUCUCUUUCUAACAACUGGCAAGUGAGAGGCGUUUUUCUGAUUAAAAACCAACAAACAAAGCACUUUGAGGAAAAUUUGAAAAGACAGAAAAGUAAAAAUAAUUUACCCAUCAUCCUGUAACCCAUUAGUAAAUACUAGGUUUUGAUGUAAUUCUGUUUGAAUAUUAUGUCAUGGUUAUUGUUUUUGCCUCAAUUUUCCAUCACUUUGAAGUUGGAAAACAACAACUGGCCUUUCUUACCAAGUCUGCUUCAGUGUGACACGACCGAAACGUCUGGUCCCACCCCUUUUGCCCCAACUGCCUCCCUCAGGUUGCCGGGAAGAGGCAGGGUGUAGAGUGUACCUUCUCUAAGUCUAUGGGUUGGCCUUCAACUCUGAACAAUGUAGCACUGUAACACUGGCUUCUUAAUGAGGGACACAUGAAAAGGCUUUGAAAGGGGCUUUGCUAACAUGGAAGUAUCAAUAUUAUAAUGCGGUAUGAAGUAACAUGUGCAUUUGUGGUCACUCAGUCUCAC